AUCACCAGAUAUUAACCUUCCACCGUUUAAAAAUAAGGACAAUUUUUUUUCAAUUUCACAUCGUUCAAAAGCAAAUUGGCCCUUUUUUUCUUUUUAAUUGGGGAUUAAUUAUACAACACAAUAACAACAACAUACCUCCCACAAGUGGGGUCUGGGAUUAGUAAAGGGUACCACCCUCAGCUUGAAGCGCCUCCUUUGCUCUCAAGAAAAGGCAGACAUUAUUGUUACUCAAACAAAGCAACCAGAAAAAACAUGGCCAAAGUGGGAACCAAAAUUGUAGAAGGAAGAGAUAAAGAUGAUGAUGAAAAAGAGAAAGAGGAAGGAGAAAAGAGUGAAGAGAUGAAGCCAUGGGAGCAGCAUUCUGCUGUAAUAAGCAUCCCUCGUUUUGAUUACAACGCUUCUUCUUCACUCCUCCGAAUUUCCCAUUCUGGGUUUCUCAUCACUUGCCCCAUCAAGAGGGAGAAAAGUGCAACAAAAGAAGCUAUAGGUAUCCUUGAAAAGUAUAUUGUUUCAAAUCCUGAUGCUAAGAGAAGGAAAAUAUGCACGGAAGAUGCUAAUGAAGAAUGCAACGGGUCAGGAGAAGCUGCAGCUGAUGAUCUUGUGAAUUCUGAAUCUGGUAAUUCUAUUGAGAAAAGUGACAUUCUCUCACUUGUUAAGUUAACGAGAAGCGGAUUGGUUCUCUUUAAAUUUCCGUUCGACAAGUCUCCAGCAGUUGUUGACAUCGUUUCACAGAUUUUUCAAUCCCUAGAAUCUGGAAUAUUGAAGUCUCCUCUCUGGUGCAAUCGGAUAUUACCAAUUCAAGGUACAUGCCGUUUAGAUGAGAAGGAACUUAAGAAGAUUGUAACAAAGCUUGUUGAUCAGUUUAUGAAAAAUAGGCAGAAGGAGACUGGAAACAGUAUUAAGUUUGCAGUUGGCUAUAACAGGAGAGGGAUUGAGGAAACCGAGAUGAAGAAUCUAAGAAAAGAAGCUUCUACUGAUCCUGAUAUAUUUGCUUUGUUGGACCGCAACAAAUGCUUCAGCGUCGUAGCAGCAGCAGUGAAAGAAAUCGUCCCAGAUUCGAUAGUGGAUUUGAAAGAUCCUGAGCUCUGCGUGCUUGUUGAGGUUCUUCCGCUUUCCGGAGUACCUGAUAAAACAGCCAUAGUUGGUGUAUCGGUUCUUCCACGAGCACUUGUUAGUACUAAGCCUCGACUCUGCAUCAAGGCCUUAGUCUCAGAUACAAAAGAGAUGAAUAAGAAGAAAAAAUAACGUUUCUCCACGAAUGGGAAGUUUUCUUCGUCUCAUUCUCAGAUACCAAAGAGGACAUAGAUUUUCAAUUCUCUGUCAGUUACUUGCAGUUACCUUCUAGUGUGGAGAUUUUUGUAAGUUUUGGUAUAAAAUACAGAGCUUAAGGAGAUGGGAGCUUCUAGUUGAUUUUGCUGUUAUCCUCAACCAUUCUCAUUUAUUGUGUUGUGUAGACUCACGCUUUCUUUUAGCCUUAUUUAAAGAUUACUUAUGCAGUAGGAAGAAUCAGAACUUCUAGUACUUUUCAUUUUUAUUUGCGUUCUAUAUAAUGUUGGCUUGAGAUGAAUUUAAAUGAGAAAACAUGGUCAGCGAAGAUUCAUAUAGUCAA